UCCAAGAUGGCGGCGCCCGUGGAGGUCCUGGUUACUGCUGAUUCCGCAGGGCAGCUGUGGAACUGCGCUAUUUUCGACCCUCAUACCGGAACAAAUCUCUUAUCCUACCGAGGAGGGAAUUCAUCUGCUCGCUCUUUAACCAUCCUCAACGGAGAAUACAUCCUCGGAGCUCAACUCGGCAAGAACUUCAUCAACGUGUGGGAGAUACAAAGAAAGGACCAACUUCAGCAGAAAAUUGUGUGUCCUGGGACUGUAACCUGCCUUACAGCCUCCCCUGAUGGCCUCUAUGUGCUGGCGGGCAUUGCUGAAGCGAUAUAUCUAUGGGAGGUUUCAACAGGGAACCUGCUGGCUAUUUUGAAUCGCCACUACCAGGACUUGAGCUGCCUGCGUUUCACUGACGACAGCAGCCAUUUUGUGUCAGGAGGAAAGGACAAUCUGGCACUUGUAUGGAACCUUGCCAGCGUCAUACAGUUGGACUCAUCUCACACUCCAGAGCCUCGGCACGUGUUAUCACGUCACUCUCUCCCCAUCACGGACAUCCACUGCGGGCUGAUGGGACCUCAGGCAAGAGUAGCCACUGCGUCUUUAGACCAGACCGUUAAGCUCUGGGAAAUUUCCUCUGGAGAGAUGCUUUUGUCGGUCGUCUUUGACGUCAGCAUCAUGUCAGUGACCCUUGACCCCUGUGAGUACUUCCUGUUCUGUGGAGGAAGUGAUGGAAAUAUCUUUCAGGUGUCCCUCUGUAGCACGGCUUCAAGUCGGGAUAAGAACUUCCAGACGGAUGGCGAAGGCAAUCAGGUGUUCAAAGGCCACAGGAACCUAGUGACGUGCCUGUCCGUGUCCAUGGACGGUACGCUGCUGCUGUCAGGCUCGCAUGACGAGACUGUCAGGAUGUGGGACGUUCAGAGCAAGCAGUGCAUCCGCUGCAUCAACCACAAAGGUCAGGUGACAAAUGCUGCUAUAAUUCCAGCCCCCGGCAACAUGUUCCUGCCUGAUAGUCGUCCUGGCAUCCCGUUACCUCGCUUCAGCCGCCAUCUGAACAAUUCAGAGCAAGCAGAGGGAACCGGAACGGGAGGAAUGUCUCUCCGGCUGGGCGCCAACUGCCAGGAGCCAGAGGAGACGUAUCUGGAGAAGGCAGACCGCCUCCAUUCGCUUAUGUGUGCUGUUACAGACAAGAGUGUGUUCGGUGAUGGAGAGAACACAAAGGUACGCGUGUCGGAGUUGGAAGAAGAGGUGAGGACCCUGAAGAAAAUCAACAAAGAUCUGUAUGAGUUUUCCACACAGCUCCUUACAAAGCCUAAUUAGAAAGACCUCGAGUGCCAUCAUCUUCCCCAGAGAUGAGCUUGUUAAAACAGCGGCUGUUCACGAAUAAAACGUCAGUCAAAUGUUGUAUGGAUUCGGUCACACACACUGAUUCAUCUCCUUCUUUUUCUACGAGGUAUUUGAAAUUCUCCGAACGUGUGUGACGUCGUAUGUUUUUUUUUUUUUGUUUUUUUUUGGGGAAUAUCCAUCCUGUCCACAUUUUUGUAUACUGUUUCUACAUUAUGAGACGAUAUGCAGAACUGACCGGCAUGUACUCAAUAAAACGUGGAAUCGAAUCCAUCAAUGAUGCAAAGCAAUAAUUUUGGAUGACCUCCGUUUUUCAUUUACGGGUUCUGUCUUCGGCAAGAACGAAUUUCCUCACGUCGCUUUAUACUCUGUAGCGUUUUCUGAAAAAGACCGGUUUGUUCUUUUUCUUUUUCUUUUUCUUUCAGGGGGGAAAAAUGCAAUUCUCCCAAAUUGCAGGAAGAAAACCGAACCGAACAAGUUUUCACAUCUCAUUUUUAGGAAGAAAAAUAAACAUACCCAUCCACCAGUGCAAAUAGGUUUCCACUCUUUGAUAGCUACCUCAAAGUUUACUGCACCGGGCUUAAUGUUCUGUAAACACCUUUCUGUGCGUUGCAGCUUAUUUGCCGGGGAAAAUAAAAAGAAGGAUUUUCCCUGGCAGGAGAUGUCAACUCAUCUUUCCUCUAGUACUUAUACUUCUUGUUGUACUUUCUGUGACCCACGCAAGCAUAUUUCUUCCGUUUUCUAGUUUCUCCUGAAUCAAUAAAAAGACCUCAAAGUCAAUC